GACAGCCAUGCAGAGAUCGUUCUCUGCACCUGCGGCUCGGUGAAACGCAGCCAGACAGGAGGAAAGGACGUGUCCGCGCUCUUCCCCCGUGCGGUGGGCCUUGAACCAGAGGUGCCGGAUUUCAUGCCACGGAAAGCACCGCACCAAGACACUGGAUAUGCGGUGUGCCUUGACCGUGACUUCAAAGAAGUCCGGAAGAUGGUCACUGCAAAGGAGUUCACUGCCAAGCGGCUGCGAGAGUUUGGCGAGUCGCUGCUCAAUGAGUAUGAGAUCCUCCUCGCAGGGCAACUCAGGACAUGGAAGAGUUUCUCGCCGAAAGGUUGCCUGCGCUCCGAUCGCAAGCUGAAGCCUCCGGAGGCUUCGGUGGUCCGAGAGACCAGCAAGAACAGCAACCGAGUUGUCGUUCGCGGAGCCAGCAAGGCCAGCACCAUCAGCGGUCUGGUGCCGAAGCCGCCGGGCACGGAUUCCGUGAAUCCCAUUACAACUCCCGCGGAAGGGUCGCCAUGGGAAGGGGACCUGUGGAAGGUGCAGGAGGACGAAGCGAAUGAG